AUGUCAACAGGGCUUGCAGUCGGCGUUGGAUCACUAAUAGUUGGUGUCAUAGCCAUUCUUAUCCUGAUAUUUACUUCAUUCAGAUCUCUUGAGGUCAACGAGAUUGGACUAAAUUAUUCUGGAAUAACUAAGAGUGUGGAUAGGGAUCUAUAUACAUCGGGUAUACACUUCUUAGGUGUAGGCCAUUCCUUUAUCAAGUAUCCUACAACUGUACAAACAUAUGAAUUUUCUAAAGGUAAAGGAUCUGAUGCCCCAAGUGUCAGAUCAAGAACCAAGGAUGGAUUAGAAGUUGAACUAGAGAUCUCAUUCCAAUAUCUCUAUAUGUCUUUAGAACUCUAUGAUCUUUACAUGCAAUAUGGGGGACUAGAGAAGCUCCCAUGUAUGAAGAUUGCUAUUGAUAUCCUGACUGAUGUAGCUACACAAUAUAAAGCAUCCCAGUUCUUCUUUGAUAAAGAAAAGAUUACUUUUGCUAUGCAGAAAGCUGUAAAUAAGACAUUUGCACAGUAUUGAUUUGCCACUGUGGAUUAUUUCCAACUCAAGAGUAUCGAUCUUCCUGACAAGUACGAGAUAGCUAUUCAGGAAACUGAAGUCAUGAGGCAAGACAUCCAUAAAGCUGAGGCUGAGAAGGCUAAGAUGCAGAUUGAACUUGAGACCACGAUUUUACAGGCUCAGAUUGCUUCUAAUAUCAACAUUAACAAAGCUGAAGCUAAUGGGCAAAGUUUCUAUAAGAUACAGUACCAGCAGGCUGCAUCUUUGAAAACCAUCAAAGAUGCACUUGGUUUAUCAAACCCUGACUUGUUAGAUUACUUAAGAGCAAAGAUUCUUAGGGAGUACCCAGAGGAUAAGAUGAUCAUUGGCAUGGCAUAG